GGCAGCCGCACCCAGGGCACCAGGAGCCCGUUAAGGUGCUCCAGGUCUCUGUGUGCAGCAGCAGCCGCCCAGGCGGGAGCACUGAGCCCAGCAACCACGGGGCGGGAAACCCGGGCAGCUGCUGCGAUGUCUCGGGGACCACAGCGGCCGCAGCGCCCCAGCACCCUGCGCAUCCCCAGAGCGCGGGGAGGCCGAGCCCAGCGCGCCGGGUACCUGCUCCUGGCCGUGUGUGCCGCAGCGCUGUACCUCGCCGGGGAGCCCCUCCUGCCCACCGCCCGCAGCCUCACCUUCCACUUUCUGGCCCUGCAGGUCGGGGUGCUGCUCAAGGGCACCUGCUACCUGGCGGAGGAGAUCUUCCACCUCCAGUCCAGGCACCGCGGCAGCUUCUGGAGGGCGCUGAGCGCCUGCUUCCCGCUGCCCUGGCACGGGCCCGCGCUGCUGCUCUGCGCCUUGGCCUGCGUGGCUCUUCUCGAUGAAGACAGGCAGAAGCUUGGCCUCCACCUUGGCCUGGCCGCCCUGUGCCAGCUCCUCAGCCUCGCCCUGGGGCUCCACAAGCCCUCAGCAGUGGAAGCGUCCGAGAUGUCCGAGAGGUCCAAGCAGAACGUCGCUCAUGGACUUGCCUGGUCUUAUUAUGUUGGGUACCUAAAAAUAGUCCUGCCACGGCUGCCAAAGUCAAUGGAGGAAUUCAGCAGAGCCAACCCCAGCGUGCUGUCAUGCAGGGGCACCUGGAAGCUCCACAUCUUGGUCCCUCUGAGCUGCGACGUCUGUGAUGACCUGGAGAAAGCUGACAGCAAUAUCCAGUACCUGACCGACCUCACUGAAACCACUCUGACCCGAGCUGGCACCAAAAACAGGGUCUACAAACACAGCCUCUAUGCCAUCAGGGAUGAGGAUAACAAGCUCUGGCACUGUGCAGUGGAAUAUGCCACCCCGCUGCAGUCCCUCUACGCCAUGUCCCAGGAUGAGUGUGCUGCCUUCAGCCGGGAGGACCGCCUGGAGCAGGCCAAGCUUUUCUACAGGAGCUUGGAGGAGAUCCUGAAAGGCUCCAAGGAGUGCGCGGGCACCUACCGGCUCAUUGCGUAUGAGGAGCCAGCAGAAGCGGAGCCCCACUUCUUGUCCAGAGAGAUCCUGUGGCACCUCCGGCAGCAGCACUGUGAGGAGUACCCGGUGCAGGAGGAGAACCCCCCGCACACCCCAUCCACCGCCCUCAGCUCAGCAGAGCUCAGCCUCCACAUCAGCACCUCAGACCUGCCGCAGCCGCUGCGAAGUGACGGCUUCUAAAGCACCUGAAGCACCGCCCAGCCCCACACCGUCCCCUCGGGCCUGCCCUUAGCCCCUUCCUCCUGCAGCAAGUGCUGCCCAUGGCAGCGAGCCCCAGCCUCCUGCAGGAGCUGCCCAGCGAAGCCUCCCAUGCAUCGUGGUCACUGGAAAGUGCUGACUCAAAGCAGAGCCCUGUGACACGCUUCCUGUCCUCUUCAUGUCCAUCUCCUGUAGUUAUCUGUGGAUGUUUGGGUUUGGUUUCAAUCUGCUUUGAUUCGUGUCAUAUAAAGCAUUUUCCUCUGAG